AUGGAUUUGAGUAAUGCUCAAUCCAAGGAGAAAGACGCAGUUAUUGCAAAUGGACUUGAGGUUUUGGAAGAAGGCGCAAGACCAAUCGAUCCCCGUGAGAGCAAACGCGUCCUGAGGAAGAUAGACCUCUAUUUGAUACCAGCCAUGAUAGUUGGUUAUGGACUUGUCUAUUACGACAAAGCGAUUCUUGGAAACGCAGCGAUAUUUGGAAUGACCGCCGAUCUACAGCUUUCUGUAGCUGACGCGUCAGUCAGUCCCCCCAAAACGGAUACAUCGCGGCUCAGUUGGGCAACAUCCAUAUUCUACUUCGGGCAGCUUGUAGGGUCUUAUCCUGUCACAUAUACCUUGCAACAUUUCAAAACACAGCAUGUCCUCGGUCCAAUGGUCAUGCUAUGGGCCAUCAUUUGUGCCGCAACCGCUGGGGUCAAAACUUGGCAAGGCCUUCUGUCCCUGGAAGGCCUGACGGAGUCUAUAAUCCCUACCUGUUUUAUGAUUACUGUCAGCGGGUUUUACACUCAGUCCGAGCAAGCGCUACGCCAGAGCUUGUGGUUUUCCGCCACUGGCUGGUUUGGAAUUAUUGGAGGUGCCAUCAACUAUGGCUUUGCAACAAUCGAUGCCGGUGCUCUAAAUUCAUGGCAAUACAUUUUUGUGUUUGCUGGAGGCUUGACGUUUCUAUUCGGAAUCCUGUGCUUCUUUCUCCCUAGCUCACCGUUGAACGCCUGGUUUCUAAGCCCGGAAGAACGAAUUGUGGCAAUCGAGCGAUUGAGAGCAGGCCAGACUGGACUCAAGAACAAAGUGGUGAAAGUCUCUCAGAUCAAGGAGGCGGCACUUGAUGUCAAGAUAUGGCUUGUCGCCGUGACAAUGGCUUCUGCAUAUACCGUCAAUGGUGCAAUCUCUGGCUUCGGUCCUCUGAUAGUGACAACAUUUGGAUACUCUUCUUUAGAAAGCAUCCUAUUUCAAUUUCCCCUCUGUGCUUUGUCGGGCACUGGGAUUGUCCUAAUGGGAUGGCUGAGCUCGCGAUACCAAAACAUCAGAGUCUUGCUACUGAUACUGUGCUGUCUCCCGGUCAUUGCAGGAUUCUGCAUUAUUUGGAAAUCAAGCUGGGGACACAAGCCCGUCGCACCGGUUGUCGGAUACUCAUUACUUGGAUUCUUUGGGCCGGUUGUCGGACUUACUAUCUCCCUCGGUGCAAGUAACGUUGCUGGUGAGACUAAGAAGAGCUUCACGGCAUCGGCAGUAUUUGUGGCUUACUGUGUUGGGAAUAUUAUUGGUCCGCAAUUGAUCCAAAGCCAGACCAAGAGUCAACAUUACCCCGAAUUGUGGACUGGGUUGAUCAUAUGCUAUUGUAUUGCCAUACUAUCUACCUCCGCUCUUUAUAUCAUGUGGUCUCGUGAGAAUAAGCGACGGAAUGGGUUGGAACAAAAUGAAAUUGACCGUGAUAGAUCCGCGUUCAAGGAUCUCACUGAUAAGGAAAAUGUCCAUUUCAGAUAUGUGUACUAA